AUGACUUCAACCCUCAUUACACAUGUCCUAAAUCCUCUAACCUUUAUUGUGCCAGUAUUACUAGCUGUAGCAUUCCUCACCCUUAUUGAGCGAAAAGUGUUAGGCUAUAUACAACUACGGAAGGGGCCCAAUAUUGUUGGGCCAUACGGGCUUCUUCAACCCAUCGCCGAUGGAAUCAAGCUUUUCAUUAAGGAACCUGUUCGACCUUCGACCUCUUCCCCUGUCCUUUUCCUUAUGGCCCCAUUGCUAGCGCUUACUCUUGCUUUAACCCUAUGAACACCCAUCCCUUACCCCUACCCCGUCGCUGACCUCAGCUUAAGCAUCCUCUUUAUUCUGGCCAUUUCCAGCCUCGCCGUCUACUCUAUUUUAGGGUCAGGAUGAGCCUCCAACUCGAAGUACGCACUUAUUGGGGCUCUUCGAGCCGUCGCACAAACUAUUUCCUACGAAGUUAGCCUAGGACUCAUCCUCUUAAAUGUUAUCAUUUUCUCAGGAGGUUUCACGCUUCAAACAUUUAAUACAGCCCAGGAGGCAGUUUGACUCGCCCUCCCUGCCCUUCCCCUUGCCGCGAUAUGGUAUGUCUCUACCCUGGCUGAAACAAAUCGGGCCCCCUUCGACCUCACGGAGGGGGAGUCUGAGCUUGUCUCUGGCUUUAACGUAGAAUAUGCAGGGGGACCUUUUGCCCUAUUUUUUCUAGCAGAAUACUCCAACAUUUUAUUGAUAAACACAUUGUCUGCCGCACUGUUUUUAGGAGCCUCUCACAUUCCAACAUUCCCUGAAAUAGCAACCAUUAACCUCAUGACUAAAGCAGCCCUCCUAUCUAUUGUCUUUCUUUGAGUACGAGCUUCGUAUCCCCGGUUCCGAUAUGACCAACUUAUGCACCUAAUUUGAAAGAGUUUCUUACCCCUAACACUAGCGUUGGUUAUUUGACACCUUGCACUUCCCAUCGCGUUUGCUGGCCUACCCCCUCAGCUUUAG